CCCCGGGAGGGUUGGGGGGGGCUCGCGAUUGCGGAAGUUUAGCGGGAGGGUCGGGCCUGCGUCGGCGCGCGGAGCGGUGCAGUUCGGGGACGGGCUGCGUCCGGAGGGAGGUGGCCGUCGGGGUCCGAGCGCCGCCGAGCCCGCACACGGUUGGGGGCAGCCCCGGGCCGCCCCGGCGUCGCCGCCGCUCUUGGCCGCCGCUCCCUUCGCGCCUCUCCCCGGACGCCCGCCGCGCUCCCCGCGCCAUGGCCGCCACGUCGUCCAACCUGCAGAAAGCGAUUGAUCUCGCCAGCAAGGCGGCCCAGGAGGACAAGGCUGGGAACUACGAGGAGGCCCUGCAGCUCUACCAACACGCCGUGCAGUAUUUCCUCCACGUGGUCAAGUAUGAAACACAGGGAGAUAAAGCCAAACAAAGUAUCAGGGUCAAAUGCACAGAAUAUCUUGACAGAGCGGAAAAAUUAAAGGAGUACCUGAAAAAGAAAGAGAAGAAGCCGCAGAAGCCAGUGAAAGAGGGACAGCCGAGCCCAGCUGAGGAGAAGGGGAAUGACAGUGAUGGAGAAGGAGAAUCUGAUGAUCCUGAAAAAAAGAAACUACAGAAUCAACUUCAAGGUGCCAUUGUUAUAGAGCGACCAAAUGUGAAAUGGAGCGAUGUUGCUGGUCUCGAAGGAGCCAAAGAAGCACUUAAAGAAGCCGUGAUAUUGCCCAUUAAAUUUCCUCAUCUUUUUACAGGCAAGAGAACCCCUUGGAGGGGGAUCCUGCUGUUCGGGCCGCCUGGGACGGGGAAGUCUUACUUAGCCAAAGCUGUAGCCACAGAAGCAAACAACUCAACGUUCUUUUCAAUAUCUUCUUCUGACCUGGUUUCUAAGUGGCUAGGUGAAAGUGAAAAGUUAGUUAAGAACUUAUUCCAACUUGCCAGGGAGAACAAACCUUCCAUUAUCUUCAUUGAUGAAAUUGAUUCUCUUUGUGGCUCAAGAAGUGAAAAUGAGAGUGAAGCAGCACGUAGAAUUAAGACAGAAUUCUUGGUUCAAAUGCAAGGGGUUGGUGUGGACAAUGAUGGAAUUUUGGUUCUUGGAGCUACAAAUAUACCCUGGGUUCUGGAUUCUGCUAUUAGGCGAAGAUUUGAGAAACGAAUAUAUAUUCCUUUGCCUGAGCCCCACGCCCGAGCGGCAAUGUUUAAACUGCACUUGGGGGCCACUCAGAACAGUCUCACAGAAGCAGACUUCCGAGAACUCGGAAAGAAAACGGAUGGUUAUUCCGGGGCAGACAUCAGCAUCAUCGUGCGUGAUGCACUCAUGCAGCCCGUUCGCAAGGUGCAGUCGGCCACUCACUUUAAGAAGGUUUCCGGACCGUCUCGAGCUGACCCUAACAGUAUGGUAGAUGACCUCCUGACACCUUGCUCUCCUGGCGACCCUGGGGCCAUAGAGAUGACCUGGAUGGAUGUCCCUGGGGACAAGCUCUUGGAGCCCGUUGUUAGCAUGUCGGAUAUGUUGCGGUCCCUCUCGAGCACGAAGCCCACAGUCAAUGAGCAGGACUUGUUGAAACUAAAGAAGUUUACGGAAGAUUUCGGCCAGGAAGGCUAGACCAGCGGCCCCAAGGAAGACCCUUACCAUUUAUGUUCUUUCUGUUUGUAGGUAUUUUCGCCUUUCUUGGCUGACAUUCAGAUUACUCGCAGUAAAGCUCUCUGGCCACAGGGGAAUAUAACUCUGACUUCAUCGGUUCCUUUCAGUUUGAUCUGUGCUUUUCCAUUACCUAUUUGGUGGCGCCUGUUAUUAUACCCAAUUCUAAAGGAGGGGGCUUAUCAGGAAAUGAGUGAUUUAUCAAUGGCAAGAAUAGAAAUUACCCAGUUAAAAAGAACAUUAAAGUUGACUUGAGAUGGCAAAUAUAUAAAAUUGUUAUAAAUGGUGAUCUUUGAAAGCAGUUUCUUUUUUAAACUAGAAUAAUAAGGCUGUAUUUAAUAUUUUUAAAAAUAUUCUUAGGCAUCAUUCUUAUCAAUGUAAAAUUUUGUUUACUUAUUACAAAAAUUUAAAUGCUAGCGUCUUUACUCUCAGGGAUGGGCAAUAAAACAGCAAAGAGCACUGUGAUUGGGUUAAAGAUACUGAUUUGUGUUCUGGUUCAGGCUCUGAAUGAAUCCUUAGGAUAAAUUGAUGUUUAUCUCUGUAGAUUUAAAUAAUUUGUUUAAAAGCAGCAGGCUUUUAUAUUUAACUAAAUACCUUUCACUGUGCAAUCUCAAGAGAAAGACUUUCUAAAUUAGGCAUUGUCUUUAUCUUGAAGAAAUUUGUCUAUUUCAGUGUCUUUUACUAGCAAGAUUGACCAAAACAGGUGGAUAAUAUGUACUUUUUAAACAACUUUGUUAUGAAAUACUGUAAUGGAAACCUUUGCUAAAAAGAUUGACCUCUUCGAAUUGUGGGAAAUUCAUUGUGUGAUAUUGCAGUAUGUGUGUAUGUGUAUACAUAUAUAUAUAUAUAUAUACAUAAAAUUUUUUAAAAAAUAUAGAAUAGCAAGGGUCUUGUCUUUUAUCUUUUAUGUUCAGGGAAUGUCUUUUUCCUGGCCCACACAUACAGUAUCAGUGUGAUGCUUCUUAAAGCUUUGGAGUUGAGCUGAUGUCUCCUUAAGUAAUAAAAUACAAACUUGAUAUUAUAUUAUUUUAAUAUCUUCAAAUAAGUAAUCUGAGGGUGUGUAUUAUACACUUUAGCAUCAACACUAAGUUGUGCCUUGUAUAUUUGCAUUGUCUAAACUUGCAAAACAUUAAUUUAGCUAGAAUAAGGUAGAUGCCUUAAUUCUACCUUGCAAAUGCUAUAGAAUUAACUUGCAUUUUUAAAUAUAUUUGCACAUUUUGCAUAUUAUGCAACUUGGUUGCCUUUGGGUUUUCUGUACAGAUGUUUUUGUUGAUAUUAAAUGGAAAUCAUAGGCGUGAAAAAUACUGUUCUUAAGUGAAGUAAAUUUAUAUAAUCUUCAGUUGGCUAAUCUUCUGUGUAUGCUUUUUUUGGAGAUCUGUAUAAUAGAAAAUACUGUCUUAAGUGAUUACACAGAAAUUAUUAGAAAUCACUAAAAUAUGAAAAUUAAUUUCCAGCAGUUUUUAAGUGAGAACUAGGAAUUAAUUUGGUAGACUAACUCUGAAUUCUUUGUGAUUGUCUUAUAUGGUAGUUUAUAUCCUGUGCUUGCGGCAGAGUUAUGCAGGCAAUCUUGCUAUUAGUUGCAUCAUUUGGAAAAUCAAUAGUUAUAUUAUAAUUACAGUAUUCUACUUAAAUUGAUGAAGCACCUGACUGAAUAGUAUGGAAGUAUAGUGUUGAUCUAUAAGGAUAUGCUAUUACACUUUAUUCUCACAUACGCUCUUAGAGCUGUGUCUGUCCAUAUUCCUCUGGUUUCUCCAUUUUUGGCUCUAAAAUGAUUUCUGGAAUGUGAUCGCCUCAGACAUACUGUGGAAUAUGGCACAUAGAUCAUUUCCGUGUGUUUUUCAGUGACAGGUGAACGAGUCUGAGGAGACCAGAUGUCCACAUCCUUUGUUGUUGUUUGGGAGCCACGCCCGGCAGUGCUGGGGGCCCUCCCAGUGCGGGGCCAGGCCUGAGGGCUCCCGGGUGCAAAGCCUGUGUCCCGGUCCUUGGUGCCGGCUCCCUGGCCUUGAUUCAUGCUCUUCUUAUCCAGAGUUAAAAGCAUCAGAAAACUUCGAGGUGUUUUCGCAACUGCCAAGUCAAUCUUACUUUAGCAUCUCUAUGAACUUUCAUACAUAUAUUUUAGAAUACAUAUGUAUAUUUUUUUAAUCGCAGUGUGAAACCUAUAAAGACCUUAUUUACAAAGAGUGUUUCAUGAGGACAUUGAUUUCUGGGUUGACAACAUGUGCACACAGAAAAGUGGAAAGAGUACGUUUGACUAAUGUGCAAUAGUACAUUUGUGUAGUUAAGAAAUGGACAUAACCUUCCAGGACUGUUCCCACCUGUGUUGCUUGACAUGGCUGCAGGUGUGGCAACGUGGAGCGUUUGUGUGGGGGUUUCAUCUCCACUCUGAGCGCUCAGAGACCGUUCUUUCCUGCCCGCCUGCCUGCCUCCUCACGGCCGUUCAUACCAUCCUCCCACCCUCACAUGGUGUCCUUUCUUCUUCCUCUGCUGGUGCAAGUCUGACCUUCCUUAGAAAUAACGCAUGACCCUUGUUACAGAAAGAAGUAAUUACCCACAUGCUACUUUUCAGUUUCUCCAGCACCAAGUUGCCAUUACUCUCUUAAGAUUUGCACGGUCACAGCACAUUCUGUUGGGUAUUUACCAGCUAGAUUGUAAUUUCGUCACAGUUACUAUUCCCUUGGAAUUAGCAUGGCGUGGACCAUAUUUAUCACUUAAUAAAGGCUUGAAAAAGAGAUCAGGGACUCCAGGGACAUAAACAUCCUGCGUAACGGACUUGAUUUCCGGUACUGCAGAUCUCCCUCCCAGAGGACCGCUGGGUAUGAUCCUAAAGUCAGUAUUAGUAAGGAAUCAGGAAAGUCUGUCUUUUAAAGUUGUUGUUUUUUUUUUUUAAGUUUAUUGGUGAAAUUUAAGAAAAGGGCCGAGAGGCGAGAGCGCUCUAGGGAGGCUGCCCCAACCACCGCCUCCGCGGCAUCCUGGCCGUGAGCUGCUCGGCCGUCCCGCGUGGGGCCUCCACCGGCUCUCACAUUCCCUCCCGGACACCGCUGGGGCCCGCUGCACCCCGGGGCUGUCCCUCCAGCCAGGAAAUCUCCAAAGGGUUGUCAAGCUGCGGCCUUGAGGUCGCAGAUGCCACCCUGUGGUGCCCGCUCCCUCCUGGAGACCGCCAGGGUGAGCACCUCUCGGCACCACUGCAGAAGUUCGGGGAGCACAUCUCUGCAGCAUCCUCCCUGUGCGGCCACCUGGGCCACCAGCGCCCAGGGAAAUGCCAGGCCUACGUCACGUCAGUCCUGACGUUGGCACGGGCAUUGUGGGUUCGUCACCUUUCCUAAUAGAAAAGAACUUCAGCAAGAGGCGAAACAGGAAAGCAAGGUGAUUUUUUAAUUGAAAAUUAGAAACAGGCUCGAGGAGAGAAAGAGGGGAAAUGUGUUCAUGGGCAGCAGAGAGCCAUCGAGACAGGCAGGUGAGAGGCAUGCCCAGGGGAGAACUCGGGUUCGAGGAGAGAAAGAGGGGAAAUGUGUUCAUGGGCAGCAGAGAGCCAUCGAGACAGGCAGGUGAGAGGCAUGCCCAGGGGAGAACUCGGGUUUGAGGAGCCGGCCUUAAGGAGUUUAUUAAAACUCAAUACCCACUUAGGAUUCAAAUCGAUACUAAACUAGGAACGGGGCAGAGAGAUAGUAUAGUGGGUCAGGCCCUCUGGCAGUCUGCCCGGGGUCAUCUCUGCGCCACACUUGGCCCAGCCAGUGCGGUAAGUUUAGGGUUUUAAUGGAGGAAACAAAAUUUUCACUCUCACAUGGCAUGAUUGUGUAUGUCGAAAAUUCAUGUGAAUGUAAAAUUCAAAAGAAUUUAUAAAGAUCAAGUUACAAGAUAAAAAGUACAUAUUUUAUAUUCUUGGAGAAGUACUAUUACAGCAUUAGAUGACAUCAGGAAAAAUAAAAGCCUCAGAUAUCCCAAAAUGAAUCUGAAAGGAACAUAGGACCUGCACGUAGAAAGCUAUGAAACAGUUCCCCCCAAAUGUUUAAAGUUGCUAAGUAGAGAGCUAGAUAGACUCUACUUCUGAAUGGGAAGGCCCCCUCUUCAAAGAAGUCAGUUCUGAGCAAAUUGGCUUCUAAUUUAAUUCCAGAAUUUAGAACUGGGUGACUGAUAACAUGUAUAUGGGGGGAGAAAGAAAAAUAGAUCUCUAAUAAUGUACUAGUUAUUAAAAGGCUAUCUUUUACACUUUGGAUUCAUGUUAAAACAGUAUCUUUCUCCUAGCUCUGUUUUUCUCUUAGUCGUCCGUAACAUCCAUUUCGACCUCGGCAGUCUACAUAGAUAUCUGGAAUGAUUUCCACUGCUGUGUUAAUGUUAUUUGUGGGAGUGGGAUUUGGCUGAUUUUAUUUAUUUUUUUUUGCCUCUUUCAUUGUCUGAUAUACUCGUUAUCUUCUUUUAAAUGAGAAUCUCUCUUGCUGCUCCUUAUAGCCACUCCUUGCGUUGUUUUUCUCUGUAGCAAUUGCCACAAGCUAACACACUGUAUAAUUUACUUUUUUUCUGAUUUGUACUUUCUCCUCCUGAUGUGUAUACUGAGCUGGGAUAUUCUUUUCUCUUUUGUUCUCCUCUGUGUUUCCAGUAUCUAGAACAGUGCCUGGUGUCUGAUGGGUGCUCAAUAAAUCUUUGUUGACUGAAUGAUUCUUUGUUUUCCUUCGAAGUUUGCAUACU